GGCCCAAAGCCCCAAAUGUUUCAUCCAGUCCAUUCUCUACCGCGCGCUCAUCUCUACCGCCAGACGGUCGGAUGCUAUAUAGCCCUCUCAGUUUUCAGCUUCUCCUUGCCCUCCUUAGUCGGACGCAGCUUACACGCCGUUCAUCUAACAUCCCGACCGACCGUUUGAGAACUCCCACUGCAUGGACAAUCAAGAGUCCCAGUUGGAUGCUUUGGGAUCACUAUCCUUGCACUCCUCAUCCUCUAGCCCCUGCAAUUCCGAGCCCGAGAUGAGUUUGGAGGAGAGAUUUGACAUUGUUAGGAGCAUAGGGGAAGAGUGUAUCCAGGACGAAGAGUUAAAGAAUCUGUUGGCGAAUAAGCCUCAACCAAUAUGCUAUGAUGGAUUUGAACCCUCUGGUCGGAUGCACAUUGCUCAGGGUGUUAUGAAGACAAUUAACGUUAACAAGUUGGUAUCUUCUGGCUGCAAAGUAAAGAUAUGGAUUGCAGAUUGGUUUGCCCAACUAAACAACAAGAUGGGUGGGGACUUAAAGAAAAUUCAAGCUGUUGGUCAGUAUCUGAUUGAGAUAUGGAAAGACGCGGGAAUGAAUCUGGAGAGUAACAAAGUUGAGUUUUUAUGGUCCUCUGAAGAGAUCAAUUCUAGAGCUGAUGAGUACUGGCCAAUUGUUAUUGACAUUGCACGGAGAAAUACGCUUCGUAGAAUAUCGAGAUGCUGUCAAAUAAUGGGUCGCUCUGAACUAAAUGUAUUGACUGCUAGUGCUGCCCAAAUAUUCUACCCAUGCAUGCAGUGUGCAGACAUAUUUUUCCUCAAGGCUGAUAUCUGUCAAUUGGGAAUGGACCAGCGAAAAGUGAAUGUGCUUGCAAGAGAAUACUGUGAAGAUAUAAAGAGGAAAAACAAGCCCAUCAUUUUGUCUCAUCAUAUGUUGCCUGGCUUGCAGAAGGGUCAAGAGAAGAUGUCCAAAAGUGAUCCGUCAUCCUCCAUUUUCAUGGAAGAUGAAGAGGCAGAUGUGAAUCUCAAAAUAGAGAAGGCUUUCUGCCCUCCCAAGGUUGUAGAGAAAAAUCCGUGUCUAGAAUACAUCAAGUACAUCAUCUUUCCCUUAUUUAAUGAGUUCAAGGUGGAGCGAAGUCUAGAGAAUGGUGGUAACAAGACCUUCUCGACUUUCGAGGAACUUGUUACUGACUAUGAAUGUGGUAGCUUGCAUCCUGCUGACCUUAAACCCGCUCUCUCAAAAGCUCUGAACAAGAUCCUGCAGCCUGUGCGUGAUCAUUUCAAGAACGAUUUCAUGGCAAAGGAACUUCUUAUGAGGAUAAAGAAGCAGUCAUCCAUGGACAAUCAAGAGCCCCAGUUGGAUGCUUUGGGAUCACUAUCCUUGCACUCCUCAUCCUCUAGCCCGUGCAGUUCCGAGGCCGAGAUGGGUUUGGAGGAGAGAUUUGAUAUUGUUAGGAGCAUAGGGGAAGAGUGUAUCCAGGACGAAGAGUUAAAGAAUCUGUUGGCAAAUAAGCCUCAGCCAAUAUGCUAUGAUGGAUUUGAACCCUCUGGUAGGAUGCACAUUGCUCAGGGUGUUAUGAAGACAAUUAAUGUUAACAAGUUGGUAUCUUCGGGCUGUAAAGUAAAGAUUUGGAUUGCGGAUUGGUUUGCUCUACUAAACAACAAGAUGGGCGCGGACUUGAAGAAAAUUCAAGUUGUUGGUCAGUAUCUGAUUGAGAUAUGGAAAGCUGUGGGAAUGAAUCUGGAGAGUAACAAAAUUGAGUUUUUAUGGGCCUCCAAAGAGAUAAUUUCUAGAGCUGAUGAGUACUGGCCACUUGUUAUGGACAUUGCACGGAGAAAAACGCUACAUAGAAUAUUGAGUUGCUGUGAAAUUAUGGGUCGCUGCUAUGCACAAGAUGAAUUGACUGCUGCCCAGAUAUUCGAUGUAUCGACUGCUGCCCAAAUAUUCUACCCAUGCAUGCAGUGCGCAGACAUAUUUUUCCUCGAGG